CUCCGCGCCGGCCUGUCAGUCGGCCGCCCGAGAGCACACGCCGCGUCGGACUUCGCUCAGCCUCCCACCGGGGCUGGCCCUCGGGAAGGCGCCUUCGGCAGCAGGACCAGGCAGGUGACCAUGACCGAGAACUCCACGUCCGCCCCUGCGGCCAAGCCCAAACGGGCCAAGGCCUCCAAGAAGUCCACAGACCACCCCAAGUACUCGGACAUGAUCGUGGCUGCCAUCCAGGCCGAGAAGAACCGCGCGGGCUCCUCGCGCCAGUCCAUCCAGAAGUACAUCAAGAGCCACUACAAGGUGGGUGAGAACGCCGACUCGCAGAUCAAGUUGUCCAUCAAGCGCCUGGUCACCACCGGGGUCCUCAAGCAGACCAAAGGGGUGGGUGCCUCGGGGUCCUUCCGGCUGGCCAAGAGCGAUGAGCCCAAAAGGUCAGUGGCCUUCAAGAAGACCAAGAAGGAAGUCAAGAAGGUGGCCACGCCAAAAAAGGCAGCCAAGCCGAAGAAGGCUGCCUCCAAAGCUCCAAGCAAGAAACCCAAAGCCGCCCCAGUCAAGAAGGCCAAGAAGAAGCCGGCUGCCACGCCCAGGAAAGCCAAAAAGCCCAAGACUGUCAAGGCUAAGCCAGUCAAGACUUCCAAGCCCAAGAAGGCCAAACCUGUGAAGCCCAAAGCAAAGUCCAGCGCCAAGAGGGCGGGCAAGAAGAAGUGAUAAGGCUUUCCUAGUGGACGCUCCUUCCUGUCUGUUUUCUGUAAAUACCUUUCCCCACCCCUGAUUCUCAUCUGCAACCCCUAACCCUUUCUAUUCUGAAUUUCAAAGACAGAAUUUGGAUUCCUCAGAAAUUGUGGGAUGAUUCCUUUUUAUUUUUUUCUUAACCAGUUGUGCAAGAACGGCAACAACCAAUCAUCUCUGUAACGAUGAGGAUGUACUUACGUUUCAUUUUGUCGAUUUGCUAUUAAUCUCUAUGGGUUUAGGGAUCUGGGGGGGCUUGUGUGUGGGGGUUGUUUAAUGAUUUGUUUGCCACGAAAGUGGAUGGGGAGGAGGGAACAGAUCAAGACUGUUCUGGCCAGGAGAGAGGGAGCCCAGGAAGCUUAGGGUUUGUAAGAGAUUCUGUAAGUGAGCUUCCUUUAAAUUGGGCACCCCGGUGAGAGAAGCAGAACCUUGGGCUGGGGGGGGGAGAGGAGGGAGGUGGGAAAAAACCUGUCUGGGCUGAUUUCUGCCUCCAGUGUGAGCAGAGCAGGGGGGGCUUGACCCAUUCCUUCUCACUUCUCUUAGUCUGCCUUGUGGCCUCCCUAUUGUCUUUGGGAAGAGGAAGGGGAUCCAAGUGACCGUGGUUGGGGGCAGCUGUACCUUCUCUCUGGGUUGGGGGGCAUUUCUCUAGGGCUUGGGCAACCUCUCUGUUGAAAGGGAGUGGAAACUUUGGAGGAAGGGUGGGGAGUCAGCCAGCCAAGUGCCUCAGUGUGCCCUCUUGAAAUUGGGGUUUUUCCACACAAUUAAUGGGUUGUGUCCUUGGAGGACUCCCCCCCCUUAUUUUUUGUUGUUCCUCCUGUACCAAGGGGUGGCUUGGCUUGGUCUGGUGGGACUGCAGCCCCACCACCAGCCUUUGAAAAGCCUUCCGGCUUUUUCCUUUGAGUCUUUUUCUAAGUAGCGGUAGAUGGGUGGGGGGAGUGGGCAGCAAGGCACAGUGCAGUGGGUUUUGGAUUUCAGUAGUUUUACCGAGGUAGGUUUGUGUGCAUGUGUGUAUAUGUAUAUAUACUCAUCUAGGGCUAGUGCGUAACGUGUCACACCCGGGAGCUGGGAGAAAAAACCUGUACAGUUGUCUUUUUUUUUUUUAAUAAAAUAGGAAAAUCGCGCA